UAUUCCUCAUUGGAAAAAGAAUUUUAGUGACAGUCCGUCAGUAUAAAGAAGGGCUUUUUAUUGUGAUUUAUUUUUAAAUGUUUUUAUUAGCGCAGUAUUAAAUAUUUCUGUAAACGAUGUCCGCUCAACCGUCGGGAGGAGGUCGUGGCAAUUGGAAAAAUUUUGCGACCACCCAAGCUGAGGAAGACGCCUACGACUAUGUCAAAUUCCGGGUCAAUCCAAAACCAACCGGGUUCGUGGGUUCCGUUGCCCACGUGAUCAAGGGUGCGCUUGGCGGAGGCAUCCUGGGCGGCCAUGUUGCCUUCAUGAAGGCUGGUCUGAUCGCGACUCCUUUCGUCUUCAUGUUCGGAAUGUACAUGACAUACUGCUUAUAUAUUCUAGUCAGAUCGGCACAGGUUCUGUUUAAAAGAACUCGGGUAUCGUCGAUGUCCUACCCAGACGUGGGAGAAGCAGCUAUGGCAUGCUUUCCGAAUCCCAGUGUAGCGAAGUGGGCAACCGCCUUUAGGUACUCCAUUGAUGCGAUAAUCUGCAUCGAUCUGUUCGGUGCUUGCGCUUGCUAUCAACUUAUAAUAGCAAAAUCCAUCAAGCAACUCGUAGAGAACACGCAGAAACCUACUGUUGAAGGCUUGGGCCCUGGGUACCCCGACCUUAGGGUCUACUUGGCUGCCAUGAUAAUACCUAUGAUAUUAAUUUGUCUUAUAACACAUUUAAAAUGGUUGGCGCCAUUUUCUCUUGCUGCCAACGGUGUUGUGUUGAUCAGUGUUAUGAUGACCAUUUAUUACGCCAUGCAAAAUAAUCCCGAAUUUAAAGACUUGCAGACCACCACAACAGUUUAUAGCUUCUUUGAGUUUGUCGGUAUGUCCGUAUUCAGUAUGUCCUGCGUCGGAGUUGUCAUACCCAUCGAAAACAACAUGGGCAAUCCCAAAAUGUAUCCAAAAGUCCUUGUCACUGGCAUGUCAUUUAACGUCUCUGCCGUGUUCUUGGUGUCGUUCUUCGGAUACGUGGGUUACUUGCAAGCUUGCGAAUCUCCCAUAACUGUCAACUUUCCCAUGACUGUAGUGCCGAAGAUCCUGAAAGGUCUUAUCGCUAUGAUGAUCUACGUCACUCACGCCCUCAACUUCUGGGUGCCGUUCAACUUGGUGUUCUUCUACCUGAAGUCUUUGCACAGGAAGGAAGAUGAGCUGAAAUGGGAGCUCAUAUACAGGGCGAUUAUUGUAACUCUCAUAGGGGUUAUCGCAAUUGUUUUCCCCAAUAUAAACGCUCUUAUGGGAUUCCUUGGAGCCUUUUGCCUGUCCAACAUGGCGUUCAUUUGGCCCAACAUGAUAUACCUCAUGGUGGUCUGGCAGAGGCCUGGACUCGGGAAAUACAGAUGGCGCCUAUGGAAAGCGGUAACGCUGAUUGGCAUUGGCAUAUUUAUAUUUAUCUGUGGGAGCGUUGUUAGCAUUAACGAGCUGGCAUCAAUGUUUAAGUAAAGUACUUUUUAUUGUACUCGGAGAUUUCAAUGAACUGAACAAAAGGGCCGUCUGGUAUACGUAACAGUUAAUCGGUCGAACUAAAUUUGUGGCACUUUUCGAUCAUAAUGUUUCGUAAUUCUUGCUCCGCUACUGAGUGAUAGCCGGACAAACCAAAAAACCAGCUCAUCCAGGCAUUUCUGCCGUCAUUCCUUUUUCUGCCGGCUAGAAGCAUUGCUGUGUUACAGCAUUGUUGCGUUCCGGUCUGAACGGCGUGGUUGCUGGUGUUAUUACAGGCGCAUGAGGCUAAACACCUUACGCUUCAGGUUGUCGGUCACAGGACGGCCAUUUGUAGGACGUUCUCUUUGCUGGUCUUGAUGGUUUCCACCAUGGGUGUGCCCGUCUGCGUAGUCCGUCAAUUAUUACUAUAAAAAAACACUUUCACAUUCAUAAAUAAAUAUUUCUAUGUCUCUGUACAAAUGUGUAAACCAAAGGGUCAUAGGUUAAAAGGCGAAAAUUGUAUUUUUGAUUAAAAAGUUCAUUCUAGGUCUAUUUAAAUGAAUCUAGUUUUAACUAUGACUUUGAUAUGAUGACGUGUCGGUUGGGCAAACGGGACACUUGAUUUAAAUUUAACUUAAAAAUAAAUAAUGCCCUAGCACUGUUAGGUCUACUCAAAUUGGGAAAGUUUUGACUUUAACCUAUUUGCCCGAUAAAUGGGCGUGACGUUUUGAAUGAUCAUUGUAUAAUCCUCAAAAUAAAAGAAAUAUAUAUCGAAUAUCUUUUAUCCUGGAACCUGUUUAAUCCGUUACGUAUGCUAGGAGUACCUUUAAA